AUGUCAUCUCGGUCGGCCUCUCCUGAAGGUGAAGGAGAUGCGAUUCGACCUUAUGGUGAUGAACGAGACUCGUCCGAAGAAGAAUCGGAAGACGAUCCAGAAGAGGCCAAGAGAAUAGCGGAGGGGUUCAUUGUCGAUGAAGAUGAGGAUGAAGAUGACGAAGAAGAGGAUGAAGAGGAGCGAGAACGACGUAGGAAAGAGCGCAAGAAGAGAAAGAAGAGGGAGAAGAUUAGAGCAAAGAGGGAGAAACAACGUGAAGAUUUGGAGUUAUCAGAGGAUGAACUGGAACUUUUGAACGAGAACAGAGGAUUAGCAGGGACGAGUCAAUCCAGACCGUUGAAAAGGUUAAGAAGACGUAGUGGGUCAGCAGCAACGGAUGAAGAUAGAGCAGGGCCAACGCUGCAGGAUAUGUUCAGGGAUGAUGAAGAUAGAAGAGAUAGGGAUGAAGACGAUGAGGAUGAUCUGAUGGACUUCAUCGAAGAAGACGAGGAUGACGCUACCGGUCAAGGUGAAACUGAAGAUCAAAGAAGGGAGAGGAAGAGGGAAGAGAAAUUGAAGAGAAGGCAAAAGGCGUCGAAACCUGAAUUAGCAGGUGUAGAUCGAGCGUCAUGGGACGAAAUCUAUGCCGUGUUUGGUGAUGGACAAGAUUAUGACUGGGCUUUAGACGGAGAAGAUGGCAUGGAUGUAGACGACGAUGAAGACGCGGUGAAGAAAGAUCUGAGGCUGGAAGAUGUCUUCGACCCCGCUGAAAUCAAAGCCCGACGUUUACAAGACGAAGAUAGAGCAAUAGCGAACAAUGAUCGACCAGAACGACAUCAACUUGUCAACUCCACUCUAUCCGAUAAUCCAGUCUUCGCACCGGACUCGUUGUACCCUCCACCGGAUAUAGCAGCGAGCUGGGCGUUCGACAAGGUUUCUCUAAGAACGCAAUAUCUUUUCUGUGGACUGCAUGAAGAGGGAUCCUACCCUGAGCCAACACUCGAUAACCCUACCCCUUAUCCUGUCUAUCGAAGAACUGAACUUUCCAUCGAGUUUAGAAAUGCGGUCUCAUCGGCACUGAAUAUGAUGUUCGUGCAACAUUUAGAGGUACCAUAUUUAUGGCACUACAAGAGAGAUGCGUUCAGUGUGUUGGAAAAUCAAGGUCAAAGUUCGGUCCAAUUCCUCGAGCGAGACGAGCUAUGGUCACUAUAUACACUGGGUAUUAGAUUCAGAGCGAUAUUCGAUAGAAACCAACAAAGUCAACAAUUAUGGAGUAAAAUCAAGAAUCGUCGUCCGGAUAUCGAAGAUCAAUAUUUAACUUCGACGUUAUUCCCUUCGAUUUGUAUGAUGAGCAUAGAAGCAGCUGCUGAGGGUUCAGAUUGGUUGUCUUUCCAUUACGCCAAUGAUUUGAAAGUGAUCAAAGAAGAUCAAGCUAUAGAAGAGGGAGCGAAGAGAUUGCCUGAGAGGAAUGAGAUUGAUGAUCUGAGGUCCGGUCCGGUAAUGAAAUUGGUAGAGGCAUUCGGCAUCUCGGUAUCGCAAGUUGCUACGACUUUCAAUGACCUUAAGGGUGAACCAAAACCCCCAAAGAACGCUGAGAAAUUGCCUAGUGAAUUGGCGGAGGAAUACUCGGGUGCGGGAACAGCAUUUGGUUCGCCAGAACAAGCUCUACAGGCUGCAAGCCUUAUAAUUACCACUGAACUUUCCAAAGAUCCGGCGAUACGUCAACAGACUAGAGAGUUUAUGGAUGCUUGCGGAGUAAUCAGUGUGACACCGACGGACAGAGGAAUGACUAUCAUUGAUGAAUACCAUCUCUACUAUAACUUCAAAUUCCUCACUCGUAAACCCGUCCAAAUGUUCAAAGAUUCCCCCCAAUUCCUUCAUAUGCUAAGAGCGGAAGAGGAAGGCUUGAUUACCAUUAGCAUUGAAGCAGAUGAAAUGCAAGUGCAGUCAUUCGUGGAAACGCUGGUGAGAUGCUGUCGAUCAAACGAUUAUGGGGAAAUAUCCACUGCAUGGAACGAGCUUCGAGCACAGAUCUGUUCGGAUGUCACACGGAAAUUUCUUGUUCCUUCUGCGGGCAAGUGGUUGAAGGAGCAUUUGAAAAGUGAAGCAGAGGAAUUCGUUGCUGAGCGGUGUAGAAUGGAGCUCGAGUUGCGAGUCAAUGUUCAACCAUUCGCUACACCUGGUAUGGAACCAGGAGAAAUACCCUCAGUCUUGGCACUCACCAACGGCAAAGGCGAGAUGAGAGAUGCGAUCAUGGCUGUAAUGUUAGAUGACGAUGGAAAUAUCCGGACGCAGACGAAAUUCGACAACCUUCGAGAUGAGCAGGAUAAGAAUACCUUUGUUGAAUUGAUAGAAAAGAGGAAACCCAAAGUCAUCGUUAUCGGAGGAAUGUCCGUCCAAGCGGCGAGAUUACGCGACGAAGCUGCUUCUGCACUUCGAGAAUUGGCCGUUCGAUCUUACGGUCAAAAUCCUCCUGUUUCGGAAGCAUAUGGAAGUCACGAGCAAUACCAAGCUGAUCUAGCGGAAUACGAUCAAAAACUGUCUCAGUAUCUUAUCCCCCUGAUAUUUGUCAAUGAUGCCACGGCAAGGUCAUUCAUGAACUCAGAAGAAGCCGAAAGAGAAUUCCCUAAUUUACCUCUGAAUGGACGAUACGCAUUAGGAUUGGCAAGAUAUACCCAAAACCCCCUCAACGCGUAUGCUAAGUUAGGUAAACGAAUAGCCUCGGUGACAUUCAUGGAACAUCAUCAGAAGUUGAUAAAUCCUGAGAAGCUCUUACUACACCUGGAGCGAGGUUUGGUCAAUUCCAUCUGCUUUAUGGGAAUCGAAAUCAACACCUGUGUCGCCGAUGCGUAUCAAAGAGCGAUGCUACCGUUCAUUUCCGGUUUAGGACCUAGGAAAGCGGAUGCAUUGGUACACGGAAUACACAAAGCAGGCGGUCUUACCAAUCGGCUUGCGUUCUCCGACCUCGGCUUGUUCGGACCCACUGUGUUCGAGAACGUUGCCGGUUUCCUCACUAUCGAAAAUGAUCUCAAAGAAAUCAUGUUGGAAGCGGAGAGUCCCCAAACUCAACCUGAUCCUUUAGAUAUGACCAGGAUACAUCCAGAAGACUACGAGUUCGCUCAGAAAAUGUGUCAAGACGCUCUUGAUCUUGACGUUGAGGAUGUCACCGAUCGACACAAGUCAGAAGUGGUUCAAACCCUUAUGCUGGAUGAUAAACGUGGGCAGAAGUUGGGCGAAUUGAACUUGGACGACUUUGCUUUCAAUCUGCAACGACAAGGAGAGGGAAAUAAGAGACAUACCCUUGGGGAGAUUGUUAACGAACUUAUCAGAUAUAGAGCAGAUCGAAGACCACCAUUCUACGUUCCUUCUGAAUGGGAAGUCGUCACCAUGCUUACUGGAGAAACGGAGCGUACGAUAGGACGAGGAAUGAAAGUCACUGCGACUGUGAGGAAAGCGCUAUCGUCAAGAGUUUUCUGUCAGUUAGAAUCAGGUAUGGAUGCGAUUCUAGAGAGAGACUACGUCGCGGAUGAAGACCAACCCCCUGUGACAUCAUGCGAAGAGUUCUUCAAACCUCGGCAAGCUAUCAAGGCGGUCGUGAUUAUGCCUGAACCAAAUCGAUUCCAGGUUCGGAUAUCCACUCGAUCAUCAGACCUACGACAAGGCGUAGCGUUUAUACAACCUUUCCGCGACGAACCGUAUAAUGAUUUAGCUAGAAAAUCAGCUGCGGAAGAUGCAGCAGCAGCUAAGAAACGAAGACAAGCGGGUAAGGUCAAGCGGGUAGUCAAUCAUCCAAAUUGGCAUAUCAUGAAUUCUGGACAAGCAGAACAGUUUUUAGCUUCUCAACAUCGUGGUGAUGUCGUCAUUCGACCCUCGUCGAAAGGUUUAGAUCACUUGGCUGUUACCUGGAAAGUCGAUGAGGAUGUUUACCAACAUAUCGACGUUCAAGAGAUUGAUAAACCAAACGAAUACUCGCUAGGCAGAAUCUUGAGAGUGGCGGGAAGGUAUUCAUAUUCCGAUUUAGAUGAAUUGAUCAUCAAUCAUGUUAAAGCCAUGGCAAGGAAGUUGGAUGAGCUGCAAUUGCACGAGAAAUACAAGCCCGAGGAUGAGCUUGAGGCAUACCUGAAGAACUAUGUUCAAGCACAUCCUGGAAGGAGUAUGUAUGGAUUCUCAAUCGAUUCAGACCGACCAGGUUACGUCAGACUUUGUUUCCUGAAUAAAUCUACAAAGGACGGUGGUGUGAUAUCCACUUGGCCCGUUCAAGUCCUACCCGGAGCGUAUAAGCUAAACAACGCUGAAGUACCUGGAGUGACUGAACUAUGCAACGCAUUCAAACUUCAGUACUCAGCUAGACUUGCGGAGCAAGGUAGUGGAGGUAAAACACCUGGUAUCAGACUUGGUAAAACUCCUUUACCCGGUGGAAGAACACCUGGGGGAAGAACUCCGGCUAUUGGAGGUAGGACGCCAGCUAUAGGUGGUGUAAGGGGAGGGGCAACACCGAUGUAUGGCGUGCCAGGUCAAGGAAUGGGUAGAACCCCUAUGCAACCUGGCAUGACUCCCAAUCCAUAUGGCGCACCGAUACCUCAGCAAGCGUAUGGAAUGCCAUCUAACGGGUAUGCACCCCCUCAAGCUGGCUACGGAAUGCCACCAAGUGGUCCAGCCGGAGGGUAUGGUCGUCCUCCUACAGGACCUCAAGGUGGUUAUGGUGGUAUGACUCCUGGAGGUAACGCAGGGGCGGGGAUGAACCCCGAGAGAGCGUGA